GAAAUCAAUAAAAACACUAAAAUGCUAGACUCACUGACGUUUCUAUUUGAGAAGUUCAUGCUUUUCUCUAACUUUAAACUUUUUCAAAGUCUAUGGCAAGAGGAAGAGAAGUGUGCGGUGAGAAGUUCAGUGUUCAGAAGAGGAGAUCUGCUGGAGGUUCCGCGCACGCUCUUCACUCAUUACGGUAUCUAUCUGGGCGAGAACAGAGUGGCGCACCUGAUGCCCGACAUCAUGCCUGUGUUAACCAGCAACAAACAACUGAUUAAACCAGUCGUCAGCAACAAAAGACUCAUUUUAGGAUGCAUUUACAGAAGCGCGAGUGUACGUGUUGAUUCGGUUGAGGAUUUCGCGUACGGAGCUCAGAUUCUGGUCAAUGAUAUGGACAUGCAGUUAAAGUGGCAAGCACUGGCAAACGAGGACGUGGCCAGGAGAGCCGAAAAACAGAUCGGUUCCAUCCAAUACAGUUUAUUGUGGAAUAAUUGCGAACAUUUCGUGACGUACUGCAGGUACGGGACACCUGUGAGCCAGCAGACAGACAGGUUCUGCUGCUGUCUGAAAUCAAUCAUAAGAGACCAGAGAAGUGUGGCUUUAACUGUUGUUUUGGGAGUGGUGUACAUUAUCUGCUUUGGUCUGGCACCUUCGACCACAGUACCUACAAUCCUUAUUCCCUUUACUCUAUGGAUGGCAGGCUGAUAGUCUCAUACACUACAUGUACUAUAUAACACAACAAAGCCUGGCCUUAAAUGGGCCAUUUACACAACAAAGCAACAUCAGUGCAGCAGUGGAAUAGGCUAUGCCUAAUAUUCCAGACAAAUCCGCAACAAAGUCUGAUUGUAUUCAAGCAACAUCAUAGUCAUUCUGCUACUUAUUUAAAUUAUAAGUUCCAUCAUUUAAAUAGAGAGCAUGUUUUUUUUUGUGAACUAUAAUAUAAACCUUAACAUGCAUGCCAUACACUCUAAAUAAUUCUGGGUUGUUUUUAACCCAACGUUGGGUCAAAAAGGGCCUAGCCCAGCCGUUAAUUUAAAUCAAUCCAGAAUAUUUCUAUAUUAAAGUUUAUAUUUGACCCAAGACUGCGUUGAAAAUAACCCAGCAUGUUUUAGAGUGUGUUUUUUGUGUAAAUCAUAUACCUAAAAUUGGUAUGCCAGUAUUUGUGUAGCACAGCAAUAUACUAAACAGGUUUUAUUAAGCAAAAGUCUUUAUAUAUUUAACGUAAGCAUUUCACAGAUGUAACAUACUUUAUGUACUAUGGACAUUAAGACACAACGUUUAUUUGUACCAAUAUUUUUUUAAGUUCUGACUGUGUUUUUGUGAAUUUUGUAUAUUGAAAUGCUAAAUUAAUAUUG